UCCAGAGAACUGCUAGUUCAGGUUUUGGCUCUUGGCAACUUGUGAAAAUCGUGAAGGAUGCUUAGACCAGUUAAUAUUCAAAUUGCUCUUGAAUUAAUCAUCUUUAGAAGACUGGAUUUCUGGAUCUCUACUAUACUCCAUCACUACUGACUCUUCGCACAUAAUGAUGCAGAUCUCUUUGCCUGGUCAUUAUCUAUGAAGCUUUAAUGACACUGAUGCAUAGCAUUUGAAGUUUCCUCAGGGAACAAUGUCAUCAGCAGUGGCUGACGGUGGGGGUUCUGUUUUGGAUCUUUCCAGUGCUGGAGUAGAAAAUCAAGAGGAAAAUGAAAAAGUUUCUCAAUACCCAGCAGUGAUUGUGGAACCAGUUCCAAGUGCCAGAUUGGAACAGGGCUAUGCGGCCCAGGUUCUGGUUUAUGAUGAUGAGACUUACAUGAUGCAAGAUGUGGCAGAAGAGCAAGAAGUUGAGACCGAGAACGUGGAGCCAGUGGAAGCAUCAGUCCACAGCAGUAAUGCACACUGUACAGAUAAGACAAUUGAAGCUGCUGAAGCGCUGCUUCAUAUGGAAUCUCCUACCUGCUUGAGAGAUUCAAGAAGUCCUGUGGAAGUGUUUGUUCCUCCUUGUGUAUCAACUCCAGAGUUUAUCCAUGCUGCUAUGAGGCCAGAUGUCAUUACAGAAACUGUAGUGGAGGUGUCAACUGAAGAGUCUGAGCCAAUGGAUACCUCUCCUAUCCCCACAUCUCCAGACAGCCAUGAACCAAUGAAAAAGAAAAAAGUUGGCCGUAAACCAAAGACCCAGCAAUCACCAAUUCCCAAUGGGUCUCCUGAGUUAGGAAUCAAGAAGAAACCCAGAGAAGGAAAAGGAAACACGACCUAUCUAUGGGAGUUUCUUUUAGAUCUACUUCAAGAUAAAAAUACUUGUCCCCGGUAUAUUAAGUGGACUCAAAGAGAGAAAGGCAUCUUUAAGCUUGUGGACUCGAAAGCUGUGUCUAAGCUCUGGGGGAAACAUAAGAACAAGCCAGACAUGAACUACGAGACCAUGGGACGGGCUUUGAGAUACUACUACCAAAGGGGAAUUCUUGCAAAAGUGGAAGGACAGAGACUUGUGUAUCAGUUCAAAGACAUGCCCAAAAACAUAGUGGUCAUAGAUGAUGACAAGAAUGAGCCCUGCAGUGAAGAGUUAGCAGCUGCUGCGGAUGAGAAGUCGUUAGAACGAGUGUCGCUGUCGGCAGAAAGUCUCCUGAAAGCGGCCACUUCUGUUCGAGGUGGAAAAAGCUCCUCUUCUAUAAACUGCUCCCGGGCAGAGAAGGGCGUGGCUAGAGUGGUGAACCUCACUUCUCCCGGGCCCGAUGCUUCCUCCAGGUCCCCCACCACCACUGCACCCCUACCAGCAGCCGCAGCUCCAAGGACAGUUCGUGUGGCAAUGCAAGUACCUGUUGUAAUGACGUCACUGGGUCAGAAGAUUUCAACGGUAGCAGUUCAGUCUGUGAAUGCAGGCGCACCAUUAAUAACCAGCACUAGUCCUACACAAUCAGCCCCUUCCAAGGUAGUCAUUCAGACAAUCCCUGCCGUGAUGCCAACCUCUGCUGAAAGUGGAGAUAAAAUCACCAUGCAGCCUGCCAAAAUCAUCACCAUCCCAGCUACACAACUUGCACAGUGUCAACUACAGACAAAGUCAAAUCUGACUGGCUCAGGGAGCAUUAACAUUGUCGGAACCCCCCUGGCCGUGAGAGCCCUGACCCCCGUUUCAAUAGCCCACGGCACGCCUGUCAUGCGACUCUCAGUGCCUGCACAACAGGCUUCCGGCCAGACUCCUCCUCGAGUGAUCAGUGCUGUCAUAAAAGGGCCAGAGGUUAAAUCGGAAGCAGGGGCGAAAAAGCAAGAACAUGAUGUGAAAACUUUGCAGUUGGUAGAAGAAAAACCAGCGGAUGGAAAUAAGACAGUGACGCAUGUAGUGGUGGUCAGUACGCCCUCCGCCAUCGCCCUUCCUGUGACGAUGAAAACUGAAGGACUGGUGACGUGUGAGAAAUGAGGGCCGCUGGCCUCGGGGUGUGAUGUCAGUGCUAGCACGGACGCGAACAGUGGCCAGGGCGGGCGUCAAGAAGUCAAGGGAAGACUUUAAAACAUUUUUAAUAUGUAUGAGAAACAAUCAGACUUCCUGGAAGUAAAUUCCCUGUCCCAUGUUUCAGUGGGGAAUUAAGAUGCUGACAGAAAACUGCCUCUUACAGUAGGAAACAACUGAACCCGCCAAUAAGAAAAAGGACUGAAAGGGACCAAGCAGCUCACUACACUGUCCAGUUACACUAAGACUUGGAACACUAACAUCUGUAAGAGGUUGUAUGGUUUUCAGUGGGAGGGGUUGGGAUGGGUGAUCUUGUUACAUAGAGCAAUUCUUGAUGCAUUUCAUAUGCAUACCAGCAUUUAUUACUGUGUUCGCACAGUACUCACUUAACUGGUGCUAUGUGAAGACUCUGCUUAAUAAUAGGUAUUAUAGAAUGUGAAUCGAAGAAUGGAUCCAAAAGCUUAAGAAAGAGGAUAGCAAAAAAGAUCUAGUGCGAUUUAUAUAUAUAUAUAUAUAUAUAUAUCUAUACAUAUAUAUAUAUCAUAUAGCUUAAGCUGAUUUAAAACAAAGGCCUUAGACUAAUUUUUGUUUUUUUUCCUUGAAAUAAGCUAAUGGCUUGUUUGUGUAAAGCUUUUUUAUUAAAAGAAAAAUUUUAAAAAUCUUGUACCUAGCACAGUAUUGUUAUAGAAUUUACAUGUAACAUUUUAUAUGGUAGUUUAAUUCUGUCAGUUUCUUAAUUGUGGACAAAUUAACAGUUGGCUCUGGCCUUUGCUGUAACCUGGCUGUGUCCCUCCUCAGCCCCGGCCACGCUGUCAGUUUCAGGUCUUCGGUCCCUUGGAAGUUCAGGCUCAGCAUGAAUUUUGGUCAGGUAGUCCUAAUACCUGGUGUUUGUUUUCUUUCUCAUUCUUUUUUCUGCCUUUCCUUCCUCCUCCUUUCUUUCUUUUUUAGUUGAUGUUUAAGAGGGAAAGUACCAGUGUUCAGAUUUGAACUAUAAUAGUUUGUAUAUUCAACAUUUGAAGUAUAUUCUAUUUUGUUGUACUCUUGUUUCAAAGUGUAUUCAAGUAGGUUUUCUGAAAUAUAGAUAUGAAAUUUAUCUUGA